GUCUACAGUAUAUACAGCGGCCGUGGUGGUGGUAUAUACGUCCGUGAUUCUGAUUAAUAAAAAACAAUAUUUGGUCUUAUCUUGUGGUUAAAUGUUAAAAUUAAAUUCCGAUUUUAGAAUUGUUAAUUUUCUAUUUUUUGAUAUGUAAACAUCCAGGUUUUUCCGUUUUCAUUCGUUCAGUUCUUCAACUCUUUGUCCCCUAACCAUACCGCAUGUCUGCCAUAUUGCGUAGUCGGCACUAUCGUAGGGACUUUGUGUUAGUUGUUAUUCAUUACAUUACUUCAUUUAUCAUUAGUCAGCAAUCAGCAUACGCCGUACUGCUACCACAGAAUUGAUAAAUGCUACAGUCGCAUUCCCUAGUGCAAAUCUUUAUUCAACAGUAUUAAUUCUUCACCAAUUUUCUCUAAAUAACGUCAAACCAAUAAUCAUUAACGUCAAUCACUGCCACGCGGAUAUAAGAUAAACCGUUAAAUUGUCUUCGUGUUUAAAACAUCAAACCUAACAUACCUAUACCUAUUUAUACAUCCAUUAAUUUUUCGUCCAAGUUAAUUUAAUAGUUAUUGAAAUAUUUUGUUAAAAUAACUAACCGACACAAACCUGAUCAUGUCUAACGUUUUUGUUACAUUUAACAUUCGCUGUGAAAAAUCAUUGAUUGAACUUAAAUUAAAAGAACCUACUGAGAUAUCUGGAUUCAUUGAAACGCUGAAAAAUGAAUUAAAAUUAGAGGAAACAGAUGAAUUAGUGAUAUUGUGUCCAACAUUUGAGGGAAAUAUGAUGGAGCUUCAAUCAGAUGAUGAUAUUGCAUUUUUAAAGAAAACAAAACUCUCAUAUAAUGCAAUAACCAAAGAAGUUUACUGCAAUGUAGAACUUGUAGUAAUUAUAAUUCAUAAAUUGCAAGAUGACACAAACUCUCAAAUUAUGAAUUUAUCGAAAAAACUUGACAAUUUAGCUUCUAAAGUUGAUAAAGUAUUAGAUGAAUUUAACAGUAAAAUUGAUGAAAAUUCAAACAGUAUUUUUUCCACUCUAAGUUCGAUUUUGGCUGAGCACUUGCAGAUAGAUUCUAAUUCCAGAAUUUCAAAGAGUUCUUUAAAUGAAGGAGACUUUAAAGAAUCAAAGCCCAAUGUAGAAAAUGUACGUCAAAAAAAAAUCAAAAAGGAUAAGGAAAAGUUGUCAUCACCAACUACUUCAGGGUCUAAUAAUAAUUCAUCAACUGUGUCCGAAAACAUAAAAUCAGAUACACCCAAAUUGGCCCCACGUCCUGUACCUAAAGAUAUUGACGUUUUAUUAGAGAUGUUAGUAGCAGAUGGAUUUACCAACACAAUACAGAAUAUUAUAGUAUUGAAGAGAUUUAAUAAUGAUUACGAAAAAGCCAAAAGUUAUUUAAAAUCAUCUAGUGCUUGAAAUCAAUUGUUAUAAUUUUUCUUAUAAAUUGUAAUUCAUUUAAAAAAAAUUUUAAACAUUUAUUUUAUAUACUUAUCACCUACUUUGUACAAGGAAAAUAAAAAAAUCUGUGACUUGUUAA